AUGGGUUCGGAGCUCAUCUUCAGAGGGCACGACGAGGCCCAACACGUGGCCGACACCUACUCGCCGAAACCGCCAAAGCCAUGGGCCUCUGUGACCCGCCCGAUUGGGUACUUGCUCCGGGAGCAGCGCCUCGUCUUCGUCCUCGUCGGCAUUGCUAUAGCCACCGUCGGGUUCACGCUUCUCCCGUCCUCUCGCUCUUCGGACGUUAACGGCAACGUCCCGAUCUCGAACGAGUAUGUUAGGUACGACUUCGAUUCGUCGACCCAUUUGACGCACAAGCCCGCUUACGAGCGCCGGUUCGGGUUGACGAACUGGAAUUCGGGUGGGAAGGUGCCGCUGGGGCUGAAGAGAAAGGGGCUCCGGAUCGUGGUGACGGGUGGGGCCGGAUUUGUCGGGUCGCACCUUGUGGACCGUCUGAUAGAGCGAGGGGACAGCGUGAUCGUUGUGGACAAUUUCUUCACCGGCAGGAAAGAGAACGUAAUGCACCAUUUCGGGAACCCCAGGUUCGAGCUCAUCCGACACGACGUCGUUGAGCCUCUUCUCCUCGAAGUCGACCAGAUCUACCAUCUCGCUUGCCCUGCCUCCCCUGUUCAUUACAAGUUCAACCCCCUGCACAAAACCAAUGUGGUGGGGACUCUGAACAUGCUGGGUCUAGCGAAGAGGAUCGGAGCUCGGUUCUUGCUAACCAGCACCAGUGAGGUGUACGGUGAUCCUUUGCAGCACCCGCAGGUUGAAACCUACUGGGGCAACGUUAAUCCAAUCGGUGUCCGAAGUUGUUACGACGAGGGAAAACGUACGGCCGAGACAUUGACCAUGGACUACCACAGAGGAGCCGGAGUUGAGGUUAGGAUUGCUAGGAUUUUCAACACUUAUGGGCCAAGAAUGUGCAUAGAUGACGGCCGUGUUGUUAGUAACUUUGUUGCCCAGGCGUUGAGGAAAGAGCCUAUGACUGUUUAUGGAGAUGGGAAGCAGACAAGGAGUUUCCAAUAUGUUUCUGAUCUGGUGGAAGGUCUAAUGCGCCUGAUGGAAGGCGAACAUGUCGGACCAUUCAAUCUUGGGAAUCCGGGUGAAUUCACCAUGCUUGAACUUGCAAAGGUGGUUCAAGAAACAAUCGACCCAGAUGCAAAGAUAGAGUACAGGCCCAACACAGAGGAUGACCCCCACAAGAGGAAGCCUGAUAUCACAAAGGCUAAAGACUUACUUGGUUGGCAACCAAAGGUGUCCCUGCAAAAGGGUCUCCCUCUCAUGGUCUCAGACUUCAGGAAGCGCAUCUUUGGUGACCACAAGGAAGCUGGCUCUACCACCACUCCCACCACCACCACCACCAUGUAA